UGUUUAUCCCCUUUCUCUCUCUAGAUUAUCUCCUCACUCGCACCUCACCCCAUCUUCGUUCAAUUCAAUUCCGCAAUUCUGCAAUUCGCAAAACCAGCCUCCAUAGAUAUUUGUCUGACCUGGACACCAUCAUUUCAGAAAAGAAAUACUACUAGUAAAGGAAAAAGGGAAUGCGAAUCUUUUUGAUUCCCUGCCCUGCUGCUACUUACUACUGCUAUUAGCUAAAUUCAACUAAUCAUACUCUGCUUUCUUUCCAUUCCUAACCUUAUAGUUAAUUGGAGGUCAAUGAGAAUUGGAUUCUGGUUGUUUGAAUGUUUUGAGCACCGUUCUGUGCGUGCCUUGCUGUGUUUCCACACCGAUGCUUCCAAAUAGAUAUGGCUUCCGCAUCCUGUAUGUCAGCCCAUGCAGUUCCGGUAGAAUGUGUGAACGUUUGUAAGUUGUGGAAAGGCAGCGAUGUGAGUGGAAGAUAUGAGUGCAGUGUGCUGUCGUGUGCGUGGAAGGCUCCCAGAGCAUUGACUGGUUUCCUUGCCAGUACCGCGAAUCCUUCUCCUCUUCAGCUGUCCACUCCAUAUAGGAGAAGAUAUCGCUUCACAUGUGGCUGUGAUGCCAUGGAUUCUGGAGGUUGGUAUAUUGAUAAAACUUCACCCGUUGCACUUGUACAAAAGUUGUUACAGUUAAGUCAACCUCAUCUUCAUUGCUGUAAGUGGAAGUUGUAUUGUUCUUCAUCCAUGUGUUCUGAAUCUUCUGAGGAGAUCUCUCCGGGAACUUUGUGGGAGGAACUUAAGCCUACUAUCUCAUAUCUUUCUCAGAGAGAACUUGAACUGGUCCGUAGAGCUCUGGAUCUGGCUUUUGAGGCACAUGAUGGUCAAAGAAGGCGCAGUGGGGAGCCAUUUAUAAUUCACCCAGUUGCGGUUGCACAAAUUCUAGGAGAACUGGAAUUGGACUGGGAGUCAAUUGCUGCUGGUUUAUUACAUGACACCGUCGAAGAUACGAAUGUUGUUACUUUUGAAAGACUAGAGGAGGAGUUUGGUGCUCCUGUUCGCCAUAUUGUAGAAGGGGAGACUAAGGUGUCCAAACUUGGAAAGCUCAAGUAUAAGGAUGAAGAUAAUUCUGUACAAGAUGUCAAAGCGGAUGAUCUUAGACAGAUGUUCCUGGCCAUGACUGAGGAGGUUCGAGUUAUUAUAGUCAAAUUAGCAGACAGGUUACACAAUAUGCGUACUCUUUCGCAUAUGCCUCCACAUAAGCAGUCCAGUAUUGCCGUGGAGACACUGCAAGUGUUUGCCCCACUAGCAAAACUUUUGGGAAUGUACCAAAUCAAGUCGGAGCUCGAGAAUCUGUCGUUCAUGUACACAAAUGCGCAGGAUUAUGCUAAGAUCAAGAGUAGAGUUGCAGAACUCUACAAAGAACAUGAGAAAGAGCUCAUAGAGGCAAAGAGAAUACUAAUGAAGAAAAUUGAGAGCGAUCAAUUUUUAGGCCUUAUGACUGUGAAGACUGAUGUUCGGUCAGUAUGUAAGGAACCUUACAGCAUCUACAAAGCCAUAGUAAAAUCUAAUGGUUCAAUAAAUGAAGUCAACCAAAUUGCUCAGCUGCGGAUCAUUCUGAGACCAAAGCAUUGUGUUGCAGUUGGACCUUUGUGUAGUGCACAGCAGAUAUGCUACCAUGUGCUUGGGCUGGUACAUGGAAUCUGGAACCCGAUUCCUCGAGCAAUGAAGGACUAUAUUGCCACCCCAAAGCCUAAUGGGUAUCAGAGUCUUCAUACAACUGUGAUUCCAUUUCUGUAUGAAAGCAUGUUUAGGCUUGAAGUCCAGAUACGAACUGAAGAGAUGGAUUUGAUAGCUGAGAGGGGUAUUGCUGCUCAUUAUAGUGGGAAAAUUCUUGUAAAUGGUUUAGUUGGACAUGUAAUUCCUAAGGGUGGAAGUUCAAGAGGGAAGACAGUUUGCCUGAACAAUGCCAAUGUUGCUCUCAGGAUUGGCUGGCUCAAUGCAAUUAGAGAAUGGCAAGAGGAGUUUGUUGGAAACAUGAGUUCAAGGGAAUUUGUGGACACCGUAACCAGAGAUCUCCUAGGCAGUCGAGUUUUUGUUUUUACACCAAGGGGAGAGAUAAAGAACCUUCCCCGGGGGGCUACUAUUGUUGAUUAUGCUUAUAUGAUUCAUACGGAGAUUGGAAACAGAAUGGUUGCUGCAAAGGUCAAUGGAAAUCUUGUCUCUCCAUUGCACAUACUGGAAAAUGCUGAAGUUGUCGAGAUAAUCACCUACAACGGGCUCUCAAGCAAGUCUGCUUUCCAGAGACAUAAACAGUGGUUCCAACAUGCAAAAACUCGAAGUGCUCGACACAAGAUAAUGAAAUUUUUAAGAGAGCAAGCUGCACUUUCAGCAGAUGAAAUAACUGAAGACUCUGUAAAGGAAUUUGCUGCUAAAUCUGAAGAAGAUGGGGAUGUAGAGGUCUCGGAGUACUCCAAAGGAACCAAAAACACAUGGGAGAAGAUCCUCAAAAGUGUUAUGCAAGUGUCAUCCAGAAAUAUGCGUGGUAAUCCAAUUCAGUUUCAGACAGGUAUUCAAUACCCUAAGGUUAACGGGAAACAUAACAAGCAAAUGCAGCACGUGAGUUUGAAGACCACAGGAGAGGUAUUAUCACAAGGAAAUGGAAUUGCCAAGAUGAUACAUGCUAAUAUUCCAACAUACAGGGAGGUGCUGCCUGGCUUAGGGAGCUGGCAAGCAGCAAGGAUUGCAUUUUGGCACAACAAUGAAGGUCACUCUAUCCAGUGGCUCUCUGUAGUCUGCAUAGAUCGAAGAGGUAUGAUGGCAGAUAUCACAUCAGCUUUUGCAGCGGUCGGCAUCACUAUAUGUUCUUGUGUGGCUGAAGUUGACCGGGCAAGGGGGAUGGCUAUCAUGUUGUUUCAUGUUGAAGCCGACGUUGAUAGUUUGGUCAGUGGCUGCUCAAGGGUGGAACUUAUCCUCGGUGUUUUGGGAUGGUCGACAGGCUGCAGCUGGCUUAGCCCAUUGCAGACCCAAGAACUUCUAGAAUGCUAGUGAUUCGUGAUUAGAGUUGGUCAACCACCUACUGAUGCUUCAGAAAAUUUUGUAUCCAGGAAUCAAGAAGGCUCUCUCUCUCUCUCUCUCUCUCUCUCUCUCUUCAGCAGUAUACCUUGCUUCUCUCAAAAUUGCUUUCAUUUUAUACUUCGAAAAGGGACGAGCUCCCAAACUGAGGUGGUUUUUGGAGUCGGGGGAUUGUAUAUAGAGAGGGGAGUACGUAGUGAGGUUAUACUUGUAAAGGCAGUAGUAUAAAUAACAAAAUAGCUGUAGGAAAGACGAAAGGGUGACACCAUUCAUUGCGUAUGGAUCCCGCCCCUUUGUGACAACGUUCAUUAUCUGUAACCUUGCCAAUGCAUGAGAAAUUGAGAUUCAGGCUGUCCAAGUGCCACUGUCUUCUGAAGUUUUUGAAACA